UCUGAUCCCAAUAUCCACUGGUGGGGACUGGAUCCUGUGCGGUUCGGCUCACGACUUUUACUCUUCUUUUAGGGUUUCGAUUCAUCUCCCAGAGAUAUCAUGUCUGCAAAAUCUGGUUGCUCUGUUUACAUUGGUAAUUUGGAUGAGAGGGUAAGCGACAGGGUUUUGUAUGAUAUUCUGAUUCAGGCAGGACGGGUGGUGGACUUGUACAUUCCUCGUGACAAAGAAACUGACCGGCCCAAAGGUUUUGCCUUUGCUGAAUAUGAGACCGAGGAAAUUGCAGAUUAUGCUGUCAAGCUAUUCUCUGGCCUUGUGACACUGUACAAUCGAACACUGAAAUUUGCGAUUUCUGGGCAAGAUAAGCCCUCGUCAGCAGCAAUCACUCCCACAUCAAAUUCGUCCCUUGAACCAAAACCUCAUCCUGUACCAUUUAACAAUAUGGAAAAUUCUCAACACUCCAUGGGGUUAAGAACGCCUUGCAGAUUAGCAGCUCACCCAGUAAAUUAUGCACAAGUGCCAGCAUCCUCUGAUACAUUACACCAACCUAAUAGGUAUAGUUCACAACUCGAUGGCCACAGUUAUGACUACAGUCGAAGAGUUUUUGGGGCAACAUUGGAUAGCAUUAGCCGCACUAGGUCAAGAUACCAUGAUUCGAGUAACCCAAUAACUUAUCCCUCUUACUAAUUUAUCGCAAAUUGAUUAGGGAGGAACUUUCUUCUAUGCCCUAGAAUGGUAGUUUUUUAUAUUAUUAGAGCGAUUUAAGUAACAUACCUGUUGUGUAAUCUAUAAGGUUAGUGAAAGAUGACCAGCCAUUUAGUUUUCUUAUGUAGUUAAUCAUGCUAAUUAGGUGUUCUGGUUUUGUUAUUGUACUAUGCUUAUCAUGGUUAGACUUUUGAAGUGGUUUUUCUUAUUUUACUCAUUCAAAGUAUUUGAAACUUUCUAUAUCUUAAAUGCAACCAUUUAGUUUUUUUA